AACCAUCACUAACCUAACAGUAAGUACGGGCAUACACGUAACUAUUUCUGUGAACUGCACGCGAGGCCGUUCCGAGUCCCGCCGCGGCCAGACGUCAAAGUUUUGACAGUUUACCCGAACCAUAGAAACGCGCGAGGUGGACAUGGUCCUUCGGGUCGGAUGCUACCAGUGUUGAGUGUUUGUGGUUGUUGUGGUAUGUCGGCGGUCGUUGGUGGUCAAUGAGGAUAAGACAUCCUCUCCGGAUGCCUACUGGACACUUGGAAGAGGACGAUUUCGUAGUGGUAAAGACGAGGUCUACCACCCCAGAGGGCGCCGCGACGGCCGGGAACGCCGGUUUCUGGUUGUCAGCGGCCUCGGGAGCGCCCCAUCCUGGUCUUCCGAUGGACGGGUCGGGGUGCAAUGAGACGGGCUUCAUCAACAGUCAGCCCUCCAUGGCGGAAUUUAUGACUGCCCUUCCUCAUAUUUCCGGGGAUAUGGCACAUGGAAACUCCGGUAUGAGUCCUGAUCAUACUCCACCAGGAAGCGGCUAUGGAAUGGAGGUACCGCACGGAAUGGGUUCUCCUGGAGUUAAUGUACCUGAGUAUCCUUGGAUGAAGGAGAAGAAGACCACUAGGAAAAAUAGUCAGCAAGAAAAUGGUUUGCCUAGAAGACUUCGAACAGCCUACACCAAUACACAACUUCUCGAAUUAGAAAAGGAAUUCCAUUUCAACAAAUACCUUUGUAGACCCAGGAGAAUAGAGAUAGCAGCAUCACUGGACCUGACUGAAAGACAGGUGAAGGUGUGGUUCCAGAACAGACGCAUGAAGCACAAACGCCAAACGUUGGGCAAACAGAGCGACGACAGAGACGACGAAGACUCAAUAAACAGCGACGGCGGCAAAAGCGGAAAAAUGUCAGGCGACAAAUUCCUCGACGACGAACUCUCCAAGAAGAGCUGCCAAGGCUGCGAGAUGCCGCAGGUCGGGAACCUUUGCGGUACCCACGAGGACGGUCCCGACAUCGGAGCCACCAGAGGAACCAACAACAACACACCAAGUGCUACGAACAACAACACAAAUUUCAAUAACAAUAGUAACGGUGCUAGCAGUGUUGGUAGUGCCAGUUCCUUCGACAAGUUGAUAGUGGAGGAGGACUCGCACUCCAACGAGGAACUGGGUGGCUCGCAUCCCAGUCCCAGGGUGCCCAAGAAGAACAAUCCGUCUACAAAUGGUGCUUCCAGUACAGUAUCUGUCAAGAUUGAAGGUCGUAGUCGAACCUCGUCGUGUGAUAGGAAAAUAGGCCCUAGUAAAAUUUCCCCCGCCAUCAAGGAUCCAACAAAUCUGUCUGAUCCCAUAGCUGUGAAGAUGUCUCCCAAAAAUUCUCUUCCAGGAGCGACUGGCGUCAAUACCACCCCCAUGGGGAUGGCUCCUAUGAUGUACCCCCAAAUGAGGAAAUCUUCUCCAACGACAGCAACGGCUAUAGCUUCAGCUACGGUCACGAUUCAGAAUGUACCCAACAACACAUCUCCUUUUGCCUCUAGAGCUUCUCCCCAGUUUCCUCAAUACCACGUCAAUCAAGCUGAUUACAGAUCGGACCGGCAGAAGCAUACUCAAUUGGGUUAUCAAAUUUCCCAUCCUCCAGUUUAUGCCAGUGGGGAUUUGUACAAUCCAGAACAUCCGGCAGUGAAUGAAGGUUCUCAGACGUACGUCAGAGAUCCUUCGAAUAACGUAGCAACUCCUAGCAUGCCAACAGCAAGGACAUCAAGAAGCAGGCAAGCCUACGUUAACUAUCAGCCAUACUACUACAACAAAAACAACCAAAACGUUGAGUCCUACGGGAAUUACACUCAUGGCUACCAACCUGAGCAUGGUCCGUACAACCAUUACGGCUAUGGAGGUUCCACUAUGUAUCCACAUGAUGGUAACGCGGUUGCUGCUCAUAUUCCUCCAAAUGUCCACAUGAACCACGACGGUACUGGUAACUACUACCCUAACGACAACGUCCAAAACAUUCCAAAAAUGCAUGGACAGGGCGAUUACCACCACGGAAAAGCGAACUACUACGAAAACGCCACUUACAACGCAGCUAACCAAAUUCCUCCAACUGCUGAUCCAUCUUACAUCCCCCAAGAACCUUUUCCAGUAGCUGCCAACCCACCGGCAGCAAUCUUGAACGCCAAUACAAACGCCCCAGUUGAGACCAAUGAAGGUUACAAUAAUUACCAUCAGUAUUAUGGUACCGAAGCAGCGCAUGCGCAUGUGGCACCUUCGGCAACAGGCACACCCGGAGAAAACAGCAAUAGUUCCUCAGAUUUCAAUUUUUUGAGUAGUCUGACCAAUGACUACACCCCAGAGUAUUAUCAGAUUUGAUUCAGUGCAAUAGACGAUAAAAACUACUGUUGAAGCGUGUUUUGUUAUGAGACAAAAUUUGCCGGCAAAACUCCUUCUGAAAAAUUUAGGGGAUGUUUGAAGGUAAUAAUGAUCAUGUUGGUGAUUGCCUUCCAGAUGAAUUUUGCUGGUGAAUUUUGAACGAGUUCGUGUUAUACAUAUUACUUUGUUUUGUAAUUUUGUAAAUAGGAGAAAUGUAUAUGUUCUUUUUUCGGAAGCGACACAAUGUUAGUUGUUAAUAGUAAGUCGGUAAGAAAUUUAAAUUUUAUUCUUCAAUAUUCAUUCGACAAUCUCAAGUGUAAGUGAAUAUAGAUCAUGGAGUUCGAAAUCGAAUUUUGCAGAUUAUGUUUUUGUUGCUGAAUAUGAUUAUUCACUUUUUCUUUGAACUAUUCACUCAAUAUUCCAUAUGCUUUUUCGAUCAGAUAUUACAUACGUUGGAAUUACUAACUUUGAAAUGAUUCGUGUGUUCACGCUAAAACUGGUUUUGUAACUUAGCAACUAACUCAAUUCGUUUCAGUUCUGUUUUUCCACAUAAAAAAUCAUGUAUACACCUUUAUUUAUUAUUUAUAUGACUUGUUCGUUAUUACAUAAUUCCUGUAAAUGUAUGUGAAACUAGAAUUAUAGCGGUUUUUGUUAUUGUAAAUAGCCUGCCGAUUUUAAUUGAUUAUUAUGUACAGAAUUUUAGGAUCACAUUGGUUAUAUAUAAAGCAUUUCAAUUCGAUAAUUAUCCGAAAUA